AUGCCGCCAAAAGACCUAGGAAAAGCCACGCUCGCAGGUGGAAUGCUCAACCUCACCGUUGGACCCUCCGACACCCCUUUUGACGUCCACCUUGAACUCCUCUGCGACUGCUCCCCGUACUUCAACGACCGCCUCGCGGACCGAUUCCACAACCCGCUCACCGAGGAGCUCCGCUUCCCCAACGACGACCCGGGCGCCUUUGCCGAUUUCAUCCUCUGGGCGUACACAGGCACACUCGACAUCAGCGUAAACAAUGAUAGCGGUAACGGUAACGGCAACUGUAGCAGCAAAGAUGGCAAUAGCAGUGGCGCCGAACCAGACCUUAUCCUCCACCUAUUCCGCGUGUGGACACUUGCCGCGCGGUUCCUCGUUCCGCAAUUGCGGCAGCUGGCCAUGUCGCGAUGUGAAGUGGAGAUGAAUGUCGAUCCUGAGCGUUUGGCUUCGUGUAGUGCUGUCCGGUUUGCGUACAUGGAGUCAACAAGACCUCCGCCUCCGACGACGACCACGUCAACGUCAAUGGCUACUUCGACCCUGCGCAAGUUUGUAAUUGGGGUCUGGGCGCAGGGCGCGGGUCGUCGGACGCUUUCCGAUCUUACGCAUGAGCUUCCAGGGGAGUUUGUGCGGGAUGUGAAUAAUGCAGUCACCUCUGGUCGGAAGGAUACCCCGAGAUUCGAUCGUGACCGCACACCAACGCAAAAGGACUUGGGCAUCAAAGAACCUGCCCGGAUGGCAGCACCACAGGUACUAGCCCACAGACCGAGAAUGGGGCAUCCAACCCGGCGGCGAACGACUGUACACAUUCUGCUGGCUUGCAUGCACUGA